AUGGAGAGGGUCCACGAGGCCAUACUUAUCAGCUCUGUGUUCCAGGAACUUGAGUCUGGCAAAAAUAGGACUUCUAUAAAGUUCUUGGCCAUAGGUGAUUGGGGAGGACUGCCCUAUCCUCCAUACAUCACUGCUGUGCAGAAGGCUUCAGCUCAGGAGAUGAGUAAAGUAGCAGAGCAGGUGGGUGCAGACUUUGUUCUGGCCCUCGGAGACAACUUCUACUACAAAGGUGUGGACAGUGUGGACUCGCCUCGAUUCAAAAGCACCUUUGAGUCUGUCUAUACGGCCAAGUCUCUGAGGAUUCCCUGGUACGUCCUGGCCGGAAACCACGACCAUAUUGGAAAUGUAAAGGCACAGAUCGAGUACAGCCAGCGCUCCAACAGAUGGAAAUUUCCAGCGUAUUAUUAUGAACUGAACUUCCACAUUCCCAACACUCACAAGACGCUGACCAUCAUCAUGCUGGACACUGUGAUGUUAUGUGGAAACUCCAACGACAACUCAAACAAACAGCCCAAAGGACCUCUGCGGAGGACAGAGGCAAACCGUCAGCUGGUGUGGCUGCAGGAGCGGAUCGCCCGCUCUCAGGCAGACUUCCUUCUGGUGGCCGGACAUUACCCUGUGUGGUCAGUGUCUGAACAUGGGCCCACCAAGUGUCUGGUGCAGCAGGUGCAGCCUCUGCUUGUCAAGCACAAGGCGACAGCUUACCUCUGCGGCCAUGACCACAACCUGCAGUACAUAGAGGAGUCCGGUGUGGGAUAUGUGGUGAGUGGAGCAGGAAACUUCCUGGACCCAGAUGUCCGUCACUGGAACCAUGUGCCUAAAGGCUCGAUAAAGUUCUUUACAGGACAGGCCUCAACAAUGGGAGGGUUUGUUCAUGUAGAGGUGGCACAGGACAAAAUGAUCGUUACCUUCUAUCAGGCUAAAGGCACAUCUCUUUAUCGUACUAUUCUCCCUCAGAGGAAACUGGACUAA